UGCCAUCUGCUGCUAGGCAAUCAUCUCACAGGUUGCAUCAUUUUUGCUGCGCAGCAGAUAAGAAUAUGUCCUUCCUUCCAGGCUAAACAUAUAUCGAGUCCUACAUUGCCAUGCCAGUGCAACACCCAAGGCCGUUCUGGAGUUAUAUAUGGCGUCUUCUGGAUAUCAAUGUCCAUAUUUCCCAGGAGCACUACCAAUGCCCUAGGGUGCAUUUCAUGCGUGUUAAAUUGAAUAAUCGCAUAGGAGUUAGGCUGUACUACACCUUUGCGCCCAGAUUGAUCCAACGUGCCAAGCUCACAUAAGAACAAUUACGUAGGGAAGAGGACCAGUCUAAUCUUAUCAACGAGGUUCAGAUUGAAGUCAUAUUCAACAAAUAGCAAUGAAUACUCGAUCACACGUCAUGAACACAAUAUUAGCGCCAGUCGAAUUACCUGAUCUCCCUUCUCAAAUUACGUCUCGUUACAUCCCUUUGAGCGAUCGCGAUGGUCUGAAUGUCCACGUUCUCGAAGCGUUUCCAGAUACAAGCAAUCAUCCGAGCGCACCCUACCAUUUAAUCCUUCUCCUUCACGGGUUUCCAGAACUUGCUUACUCGUGGCGCAAAGUCUUGGUGCCUAUCGCCAACGCCCAUCAAGGUUAUCAUGUCGUUGCCCCUGACUUGCGCGGUUUCGGGCGAACAACACCGGCAGGAUCCGGAAGCGCCGGCCAAGUGCAAUACGAAGAUACGCUUUCCUCGUAUCAUAUACUCAACAUCGUAGAGGAUGUACGUUCCCUUGUACGAGCGCUCGGAUAUUCAUCCGUUGCGAUGCUUGUGGGGCAUGACUUCGGGUCUCCUCUUGCGGGACACUGCGUCGUCGCGCAUCCGGAACUAUUCGCAUCGGUCGUGUUCAUGAGCGCACCCUUUUCGGGCGUUAAUGGCCCACCUCGGUCUCGAACGAAUAACGAGGAUAGAGAUGAUAAAACGAGGGAAGGAUCCAUUGCUUCUUCGGGUCUUGACAUUGCCACUGCGCUUGCUGCGCUCCAACCUCCGCGCAAGCACUAUACGGCAUACUUUUCUACUCUUCCCGCCGAUGCUGACUUGCUCGGCCAAGGUGGAAAGGAUCUAUACGAUUUUCUCGGCGGCUACUUCUACAUGAAGAGCGGUAAAUGGGAUGGAAAUGAUGCCCACCCCCUACCUUCUGCAUUUUCACCUUCGCCGAGCAUUAGUGAGCUAGCGACGGAUCUUGCUACUCUGCCAGAGUACUACGUCAUGCCGCUGGACGAAACCAUGCAAGAAGUCAUUGCUCGUCAUGUUCGCAUGGACGCCCGAGUCACAUGGCCCAAAGGCGACGAAGUCGCUGGGGGGGUAUAUGCCGCUGAAUUUGGUCGCACUGGCUUUCAGGGCGGGCUUAACUAUUAUCGGAGCGCACUGUCGCCUCCACCCCCUGAGCGUGUAGCCCAACUACAUGCUCUGGCUGGACGACGAGUGGAGAUGCCUGCGGCGUUUAUAUCGGGGGCUAGGGAUUGGGGAGUGUAUCAAACUCCAGGGGCUGUACAGAAGAUGCGCGAGGUCGCAUGUGGCAUGCAGGACGAGGAUUUCGUUUUGAUCGAGGGCGCAGGCCAUUGGGUGCAACAAGAGGCACCAGAGAUGGUGGUACGGGAGCUUGUGAGGUUUUUAGGAAAGGUAAAAGCUUUGUAAGCGUCGCCGAUGCAAUCAUGGUUUUGGGGCAACGAAUGGGUGGUGAUCGCAAUCAUUCUCUCCUUUCUUUUUUGACGUAUAAAAAAAGCUAGUCGGCGGGAUCGGCUGUCCAUGGCCGUACUAUGAGGAAUGUGAGUUCAAAUUUUCAUUCAAGUCUGGGACGGUGUUCUAGAUGUCACGGCCGAGCAGUCUGUAGCCAUGGCCACAGCAGUCCGCGUGCUCCCCAAGGCCGGAAACAAGUAGAAGACCGGUUCACUGUCAGAUAUCAUCGGUCAGGAUCGCCUCCCAGAUGU